AAAACAAAUUCGAUACAAAAAAUUUAAAAUAAAAUAUAAAACAAAAAAUACGAAAUCAAACUAAACGAAAGAAAAGAUCGCGAGAUGAAAUUGCAUGUGUUCGUAUUAAUUGCGGCGUUUGCCGCAGUUAAUGGCGGGAUUCUGGAGAAUCCAUGCACACGACCCGGUUACUUUGCGUUCAUCGAUAAUAUGCCAACGUUUUAUAGUUGCUACCUGAAAGAUGACGGUACAUAUGGUAUUCAAUAUCUGUCCUGCUCAAAUGGUUACGUUUUCAAUCAGAAAGUUGGUAAUUGUGUGUUAAAAGAUCAACCAAGCAAUGAUACUACGACAGUCGCCUCAACAAGCACCACUGAAGUACCUGCAACAAGUACUGUCGCUGUCAAUAGUACCACAAGCAGAGAUCCCGUUACCACUGGCGCACCAUUAACUACAGCGGUGCCUAUUGUGUCAAGCACUCAAGAUAUACCAGUGACUACAACAAUAAGGUCCACCGAAAGCCCGGUCAUCACCACUGUACAACCCAGUAGUAGUGCAGAACCAAAUACUACAACGACUGAAGGAGUACGCACUACUGAAGUGUCGGCUAGUACUGAUAAACCUGAUACUACCGAAAUUCCGAUUAAUACUGAUGGACCCAGCAGUACUGCAGCUCCAAUAGAAACCACCACACCGGAGGCAUCUGCAUCAGAUACGACUGUAUCAGAUGUGGACACAACUUUAGCAACCGAAUCUACUGUAGAACCAGAAGUUACCGAUGACAUUGAAGAAAGUACUACUGAAGGUGAAUCGGAAAUUACAGAAGAUGCUGAAGAAAGUGAGACGACUGAAGCACCAGCUACCACUGAAGAACCAAUUGUUACUGAAGAACCAGCUAACACCACCACAUCUGAAGGGUCAGAUAGCACAGAAGCACCUGAGGACACAACUUUAGCACCAGAAUCUACUGUAGAACCAGAAGUUACCGACGACAUUGAAGAAAGUACUACUCAAGAUGAAACGGAAAGUACUGCAGAUCCUGAAGAAAGUGAGACAACUGAAGCACCAGCUACCACUGAAGAACCAGAUAAUACCACCACAUCUGAAGGAUCAGGCAGCACAGAAGCUCCUGAGGAAAGUGGCACAACUGCAGCACCGGAGUCUACUGAAGAACCAAAUUUACCAGGAACAACUGAAGGGUCCGGUGCCACAGAAGUACCAGAGGACACAACUUUACCACCAGAAUCGACUGUAGAACCAGAAGUUACCGAUGAUAUUGAAGAAAGUACUACUGAAGGUGAAUCGGAAAUUACAGAAGAUCCCGAAGAAAGUGAGACAACUGAAGCACCAGCUACCACUGAAGAACCAAUUGCUACUGAAGAACCAGAUAACACCACCACACCGGAGGGAUCAGGUAGCACAGAAGCACCCGAGGAUACCACUUUAGCACCAGAAUCUACUGUAGAACCAGAGGUCACCGACGACAUUGAAGAAAGUACUACUCAAGAUGAAACGGAAAGUACUGCAGAUCCUGAAGAAAGUGAGACAACUGAAACACCAGCUACCUCUGAAGAACCAAUUGUUACUGAAGAACCAGAUAACACCACCACAUCUGAAGGGUCAGGUAGCACAGAAGCAUCUGAGGACACUACUUUAGCACCAGAAUCUACUGUAGAACCAGAAGUUACCGACAACAUUGAAGAAAGUACUACUCAAGAUGAAACGGAAAGUACUGCAGAUCCUGAAGAAAGUGAGACAACUGAAGCACCAGCUACCACUGAAGAACCAGAUAAUACCACCACAUCUGAAGGAUCAGGCAGCACAGAAGCUCCUGAGGAAAGUAGCACAACUGCAGCACCGGAGUCUACUGAAGAACCAAAUUUACCAGGAACAACUGAAGGGUCCGGUGCCACAGAAGUACCAGAGGAUACCACUUUAGCACCAGAAUCGACUGUAGAACCAGAAGUUACCGACGACAUUGAAGAAAGUACUACUGAAGGUGAAUCGGAAAUUACAGAAGAUCCUGAAGAAAGUGAGACAACUGAAGCACCAGCUACCACUGAAGAACCAAUUGUUACUGAAGAACCAGAUAACACCACCACAUCUGAAGGGUCAGGUAGCACGGAAGCACCUGAGGACUCAACUUUAGCACCAGAAUCUACUGUAGAACCAGAGGUCACCGAUGACAUUGAACGUACUACUCAAGACGAAACGGAAAGUACUGAAGAUCCUGAAGAAAGUGACACAACCGAAGCACCAGCUACUACUGACGACCCGAUUACCACCGAAAGUCCAGAAAACAUCACCACACCGGAGGGAUCAGGUAGCACAGAAAACCCAGAUGAAAGUGACACAACACCUGCACCGGUAGUUAACACUACUGAACGACCAAUAGUUACUGAAGGCGCAGAAACCACUGAAGAGCCCGAGAGUACCGACUCAACUGAACUACCACAAAGCACAAGGACAUCAGAAGCACCUGCAAUAUCUGAUACCACAAAUGCUGGUGUAAUUACAGAGGAACCAGAAACUCCCUCCACAGAAAUUCCCAAUAGCACUGUAGCUCCCACCGACAUUCCAGAAACGACAAAAGUGCCAAGUAGUACUGGUGCACCUAUUACUACAAAAGCACCAGAGACAACCGAGGGUACAGAAGAAGCAGAAACCACUGAAGUACCGCCCACAAACAGCGAAAAGCCCAGUUCAACUGAAGCGCCAGCUACCACAUCGACACCAGUUACAACCAACUCACCGAAUACAACAGUAGAACAAACAACAAGGGUUACAAGCCCAAGUACGACGCAAGUGCGCACAACACCCCGAUCCGCACAACCAUUCAGAUGUCCCUACGAAGGCUUCUUUCCAGCUGAGGACGCUUGCAAUAAGUUUGCCUACUGUGCCAAACAUUUAGGUAGAAUGAGGCAAUAUGACAUCAAAUGUCCGCGUGGCCAGAAAUUCAAUAGGAACACACUCUAUUGUGAUCCCGAAAUCGAUUGUGAGGACAGCGGUGAAGUAGCACAAACUGAGCAUCGCAAAUCGUUCACCUGCUUAGUGGAGGGUACCUUCGCGCAUAGGAAUGACUGUACCAAAUACUACACAUGCGAAUGGAGUAGGAAACAUCGCAACUUCAUUCAACUACCCAGUGUUUGUCCGAACGGUGAGGUCUUCCGUCUAGAGACUGGUUCAUGUGGACGUGAGCGACGACUUACAUGUUUCUUACGGCCAAUCGGUUCCAAGUACUAUGACAACGAAUCGUCAUCAUCCAAUUGAGUCUAGUGCGAGUGGCAUCACUGCAUGCACUUCGUAUUUUCGUAUGAGUUCAGUCAUGGACCUCAUGCUUAUGCUAUUAUUAGUUAAAUAAAGAUAAUUUUCAUUAAUUUAAGUUUUUUUAUGUUACUCAAAUAUAUAAGACUAAACGCGUUAUUUCUAACGUAUUAAUUACUAAA